AUGAACAUAUUCGCCCCUUUUCCAUUGCUCCCACCUGAGAUCCGGCAUUAUAUCUGGCAUAUCGCCCUAACAUCCGACUGGUUGUCCAGUAGGCUGGAACGGAUCAGCAAAAAGAUCAAACUUGUCGGUACCCCCGACCGCAAAUCAAUCAGCCAAGCCAACCAUGAAGCCUACCAGAUCAUGCACCGAACACAUACAGUCAUCGACGGUCUCGGAUGGUUUGACUUUAGCCGGCACCUCUUGUUUGUGCGAGACACCCAAGCAGAUCGCAGCCUCCUACUGCAAGCCGCGGAGCAGUAUGACUUGCUCAUGCAUAUCCGACAUAUUGUCCUAAAUGCCAGCAAUCAGCCUAUGUUGCUUGACACGGUGGCCUUUCUGAUAAAGCAUUGCCCUAAACUGCAGAGUUUAGUCCUUGUUGGGCCGUGGUUCGUACCCUCUGAUACAGACCAGUACGAUCCUGAUACAGACUGGAUAUCGCCAUAUGAGGACUGGUCAUGGGUAUUUAUUAAGGCACCAACAGAAAUAAAUCUUCGACCACUCUUCGAAGACCUUGAGCAUGGUGGCUCUGAAAAUUCUGCAAGUAUUGCACGGUAUCGAUCCAGGCUUGAUAAGGCCAUUCAACGGCUGCCUACCCCCCUGCCAAGUCAUUUGCGGAUGAUCGAUAAUCCCCACUGGCGCACACGACACACUUUAGAUCGAGUCCAGUAUUGGAUUGAAAGGCCAUCUUCACCACCAAGACUAUAUCUAAGGACUGUUGAGGACAUUUGCUAUCCAACCGCACAAAAUCACGAUAGUGUGAGAGCGUUAUAAGCCAUCAGUGCACCCUUUCUUUCAUUUAUAGAGAUACUUAUAUGAAAGCUCUGGCGGGCUGUACCAUAUGUUCAGUACUUUGGCAUACCCCCUCAGGAAAGCCGGGCGAUCGCAUUCCCUGAAAAUAAAAGGCAUUCGUGCCGUGGAUUGCUGGAGCUAAACCGACCCUCAAUUUCAUAGAUCACCAAGUCAUCAGACUUUAUUUUUAUAUUUAAUCAUGUC